AUGGAGAUUGUUGAAUAUUUGAACGUUUUAAUUCAACAAAAAGCCGACGAUCAGUAUACAGAGGCAGAUAACUAUGUAAAAAUGUGGACAGAAGAUCCAGACAACAUAAAAAAUUGCAUCGAUUUAAUCAAAGAACCAAAUAAUUCGAAUAUUUUACAAUUAUUGCUUGGAACACUAUUCACAUUGCUUAAAAAACUAUUCCUGGAUAUACAAAAUGACAUUAGCGAUAUAAUAAAUUUAAUAUGUCCUCUAUUUCAACAAGAAACUAUACAAAACAAUCAGUCAAAUUGGUUAUUUCUUAUUGAUAUUCUUGCCUACCUAAUUUUGAACUGCAAAGAUCGUUUUCCUGAUAUUAUUGAAUUUAUUGACAGCUAUAACUGCAGAUACUUAUUUUUGAAAUCAUAUAUAGAUCAAAUGAAUAUAAAUACUUUAAAUCAUCGUCCAAUUGAUGCUCAAAUCAUGGUAAUACAAAAUCAAGAAUUAUUCUUGUCUACAUGCGCUUCAGAACCUAACAAUCCGAACUUUCUUAGCUUUAUUUCAAAUCUUGUAUCAGGUUUACACGAAAGCAAAUCUUUGGAGUAUUUAUAUCCUUAUCACGAUUUAAUUUGCGCAAAUUUAAUAAAUCCUCAAAAUUCUAAAGGCGCUUUUGAACUUCUAUUUGAGAUAGUGAAUAAUUUCGAGGAAUGUGAUGAUAAAGAGUUCGUUGCAUCGAUUUUUAUUACAGUAAUUGGAGAAUUAAAUAAUCAAAUUAAUAAUCCAGAAUAUCAAGAGCACAUUCUUCAAGUAUGGUCAGGAUUUCUUCAACCAAGCAUAUUUAUUGAACCAAGUGUUGAUUUUUUAAAGGUAAUUCUCCAAUAUUUUCAAGAACAUAUUAAUAUUUUAGAAAAACCUACAGAAGACUUUGCAAGUUCAAUAGAAUCAUUCACUUACUCAUUUACAGGCAUCAUGGACAAUGAUCUUGAAAAUUUAUUCCCUUUUAUUGAGUUUUGGAUUACUUUUUUAGGAGAAAUUGUAAAUUCAAAUUCUGAGAUUUCUAUUUGCGAACAAAUCUCCAAUUCUAUACGUGAAACUAUAGAAGCAGCACCAGAUAUUACUAUAGAGUACUUAAAUAAUGCAAGUAUUGAUGCUGCUUCGUUAUAUAUACUUGCAAUUUGGCAUGAAAUACAUCCAGAUGAUACAAAAGAAUUUGUGAAUCAAACUGCAAAAAAUUUGUUAAGUUUACAAGAAAAACCGUUUACUAUAUUUUAUUUCAUGUCGAAGUGCGUGAGUGAUAUUAACGAAUACCUUGACCAGUACCUAGAAAUGACCCUCAAAUUGAUGGAAAGCGAACAAAAUAAUCAAAUUCUUUCUGCAAAAAUUAUAUUUGAGAUUUCAAAGAAUUCUCCAGAAUUAAUCAUCCAAUAUAUGAAUGAUAUAUUGGGAAUGAUGGAUAGAUCUAACCCGUCAUUCUAUAUAUUAUGUAAGGCUGUAUUUUAUGCUUUGAAUUUGAUAGAAAAUGAAAAUGAUAUUUCUCAAAUUUUUGAAAAAUUAAUUUCGUCACUUUUGGAGAAUUUUAGAAUAAUUUCUGAAUCAGAAACAAAAGUUUGCCAGAUGCUUAUUUACUUUGCUGAUAUUAUUGGAUGGUAUUCAGGAGAACCAACCGAAUUUAUCAAUAGUUUGUGGAAAAAUUUUUCUCAGGAAGUUGUUAAUUUGAUCGGUCAAAAAUAUGAAGAAAAAGAAAAUAUUUUUCAUGACUUCGCAGUAUUUCUUAUUAAUGCAAUAGACCAUAAAAGAUUCUUUGACAUGAACUAUGCACUUGCUUUCGCUUUAAAUUAUGCAAAAAGUGAAAAUAACAGAGUGAAAUCAAUGUCAUUUAAUAUACUCAAAAUGUUUAUUCCUUACUAUCCAAUUGAAGACGUUUUUAAUUUCUUCAACCAAAUUGACUUCCAAAAUGAUAUUUUUAGUGUAACUUUUUUGGCAGUUCAUUUAUGUGAUGUUGUCAAAGAGAAGGGAAGUGAGUUUUUCAACUGGUUCCCAACAGAUAUGAUUAUUGCAAUGCUAGCUGUUAAAAAUCCUGGAGUUGUAAUGAGAGUUUUAGAACUCACAAAACUAAUUAUUCAAUAUUUGGAUCCAGCAACUUGUGCAAAUAUUUUGAGCGCAGUUUUUCAAGGAUUUUUAAACUUUUAUGAGCCAGCAGCUAUGGAUCCAACAGCACAAAUCAUAUCAGAAAUAUAUCAGAGUGAAAAAUUAUCACCGUCAGAUGUCUGUCAGAUUUUUGGAGGUGUCAAAUUUGACAACGAAAAUUUAAACGAAAUCGAAAAUAUUUUAGGCAACGUAAACUUUAAUACCCUAGAUUUGGUCAACCAGAUGAAAGCUUAUUGUCGUAAAAAAAACCCCAAUGUGUUAAUCUUGCGCCAUUCCACAAAAUAA